GUGAUGGUAGAGUUUUGCAGCCAUUCCGAGAAGAUCUCCGCUCGCAUGAAGAACACGUUCCGCAUCAUCCAGGGUUCGGCCUUGCAGCAUGGCAAGGCCGCUGCUGACGCAGUGCAGUUGUUCAAGUCGUCGUACAUGACAGAGCAGUCCGGGUGCGCGGUUGAGAAGUUGAACGCCAUCCAGAGGAUGAUCGACGUGGGAAGGUCAGCCAUCUCAGACGGGACGCUGGUCGAUGUUUGGGGCGCCAUGAUCGACAUCAUGGAGACCGACGUCAACGUGAAACGGUUCGCCGAAGUGUUUGGCGAUGCCCCAUCCGUGACGGAUACGUGCUCGCAAAUGCCGCCGAGCCCAGACACCGCCGCUUUUGCCCUCAGCACCCCCAACGAGGUGGCAGCGAACUUCGCCAGCGUCGUGCUCGACCUCAUCAGGGCCUGCUUGGAGCACGAUGGCAACUACUUCCAGGCGGCGGUGAAUGCGCUACUGGCUGGCGACACAGGAGCAGACGUGUUCUCCGUGCCGCCUGGAGAGGCGGCCAGAGAGGGCACGGCCGUCAUCUCGCCGAUGGAGGUGUUGGACUGGCUGGACGGCGCGCUCCAGGACAA